CUUCCUCCACCGGUCCACGUCGUGGAAGUAAACAGAGCUGUCAAGUUGUUGUUUUCUGUCAGUUCUCCAGAUUUAUCGAAAAGUGAAGUAAUUGUGAAGAGCUAUAUAAUCCGAAAUGGCAUCUAUCGAAGAUUUACAGAAAAAGAUUAAAGAACUCGAGCAGGAGUUGAAAGAAGAGAGGAGUAAAGGAGGGGCAAUUCGAACAAAAAUUUCCCAGAUGAGUUCUGAAGUGGUUGAUUCUAAUCCCUACAGUCGCUUGAUGGCAUUGAAACGUAUGGGGAUUGUGGAUAAUUAUGAGAAAAUCCGUGACUACACUGUAGCAGUAGUUGGAGUAGGUGGGGUCGGAAGUGUGACAGCUGAGAUGUUGACAAGAUGUGGAAUAGGAAAGCUGUUGCUGUUUGAUUAUGAUAAAGUGGAGUUGGCAAAUAUGAACAGACUCUUUUUUCAACCGCAUCAAUCGGGCAUGAGCAAGGUAGAGGCUGCUGAGAGAACACUAAAAGAUAUAAAUCCUGAUGUAGAAUUUGAAGUUUACAACUACAACAUUACCACUGUAGACAACUUUGAUCAUUUCAUGGACAGAAUCAAGAAAGGUGGAUUUACAAAAGACACCCCGGUUGAUUUAGUCCUGAGUUGUGUAGAUAAUUUUGAAGCAAGAAUGGCAAUAAAUACUGCUUGUAAUGAGAUUGGACAGACUUGGAUAGAAUCAGGGGUCAGUGAAAAUGCAGUCUCUGGACACAUACAGUUUAUCAUUCCAGGAGAAACUUCUUGUUUUGCAUGUGCACCACCACUAGUCGUAGCUACAAACACAGAUGAGAAAACCCUGAAGAGAGAAGGAGUGUGUGCGGCUAGUCUUCCUACAACCAUGGCCAUUGUAGCUGGCUUCCUUGUUCAGAAUACCCUGAAGUAUCUUCUGAAGUUUGGGGACGUGACAUACUACCUGGGAUACAAUGCUCUGCAGGACUUCUUCCCUACGAUGGCCAUGAAACCCAAUCCCCAGUGCGACGACAACCAUUGUCAGCGACAACAGAAACUAUUUCAGGAAAGGGAAGCAUUGAAGCCAAAAGAAGUAGUGAAAGAAAAAGUUGAAGAGGCUAUCGUUCAUGAAGAUGAAUGGGGUAUAGAACUUGUGUCAGAGACCACAGAGGAGGAGCUUCAGCAAGCCCAGGGGGACGUGCCCACCCUAACCGAGGGGGUUACUGUAGCUUAUACAAAACCUGCUGCCACCAAGGAUGAUAAUUCAGCUGUAGUUGAGGACUCCGGUGAGAGCUUGGAAGAACUCAUGAAAAAGAUGCAGAGUAUAUGAAACAAGCCUAGUCAUAUGAUAACACUUUACUACACGUCUUGCUGGACAAGAACUGGUACAUCUAUUGAGAACUGUGUGGCCAUUACAGUCUAGUCGUGCUUAUGUUCCUUGGGAUACAUGUUCAGUGUAGGCAUUACAUACAUGCAUACUGUUUUGUGACUGUGAAAGGUUGUGCAGACAGAUCUGAUGCAAUAUUUUUUCUUGGUGCAUGAUUGCAAGUACAGUAUUUAUUAUGCUUGUAUUUGUCAUUUUAAGAGUAAGAUACACUAGAAAUUUUGCUUGCAAAUUGAUCCCAUUUUGUUGUUUGCGAUUAAGAAUAAAAAUUACAUGUUCAUGAGUAAAA